AUGAUAAUUACAAGCGCGAAGACCGAGAUAACCCACUACAAGGACGAGAUAGAAACCCGGGCCACCGUUGUGGCGGCAAAGACCGUUCUGGAGGGCUUCGGCCAUGACUUUAUGCCUUACGUCAAUACGAUCGCACUCACGGAAAAGACCAUAGAAAAUCUCGACAGCCUUAGAUCAGAGGCACGCGGGGCCAUCGUGAAGCUGCACGAGCUCAUUCCUGUGCGCGCUAAGAGCGGCGACGGCGCCGCCCUCCAGAUACUCUAUCGCAAUCUGCUAGCUGUCGUACAGUGCACGCUCACGAUGGACAGGCUGCAGUACGGCCCGACACAUGCAGUCGUCAUGGAAGCCAAGUCCGAGAUAAACCACCUCCUCUUCCUUAUCGGCGUUAUCAACGAAGGCCUCUGGCUCGUGAGCGACCAUUGCUCUUCGCCGGGUAUCGUCCGUUUUCACAUAGGUGGCAAACAUGGUAGUCCCGAGCUUACGAAUGACUCGUACCACUACAAAGGCAAGCGCCAGCCGGUGAGCGGCUCGAAUAUGGCGCUCGUCUCCCAGGCCUUCAUCGAGGCCCGCAAGGCUGCCCGUGACCAUGCAAUCCCGCAAGAGGUCUUUGAUUGGGAAAACCUGUUGAUUGGAAUGACGCUAAAGUUCCAGGAGCUUGAGAAAACGGUGCCUGCAUAA